UCAAGUUUUGUAGACGAAGUUGACGAUUCUUGCUUUGACUGUCAGGCGCCGAGCUUCUGUACUGGCGUUCUUUACGCAGGCCGACGCUUAAAAAUUCUUGACUGCAGACCAUAGACAUGUCCCUUACAGUUAUUGUAUGCUGCGCAACAACGAUAUAUCUCUUCUACUACGCCAUAACCUCGCUCAAGAAACCUCGCCUGAUUUGCAGACAUGGGCCCUUUCGAGACUUCCUCACGAGUCGUUGUCCAUUCAUUAACGACAAGCUAUUACCCACUCCCUGGUGCUUCACCAGCAAUGGCCAAUCCAUCGUGGCUAUUUUACUUCAAGAAUUCAGGCCUCAAAUUGCGUACGAUCGUCAGAUCCUCUUCCUCUCUGACGGAGGAGAGGCUGCGCUGGACUGGUUCGUCGGCGGCACUGAUUCGCAUUCUCCCACUGUGUUAUUUACGCACGGAAUAACAGGAGAUAGCCAGUCCUAUUACUUGAAGGUAAUCGUACCCAUGGUCCAAAGCAUUGGUUGUCGAUGCGCAGUCUUCAACCAACGCGGGUGUGGUGGUGUUCCGCUAAAGACAGCACGGAUACAGUCUUGCAUCAACACCGAUGAUCUUGGCAUCGCUCUCGACGCCAUCAAGAGGAGAUACCCAUCGGGUCCUAUCCUCGCCGUCGGCUAUUCUAUGGGAGGCAUCGUCAUCUGUCAAUACCUCAGCCAGCAAGCCGACAAUUCGCUCAUCGACGCUGCAAUUACCGUCUCCACCCCGACAGAUAUCCAUGCAGCUUCUGAAAGCCUUAACUCGUUCGGCUUCAACAGGGUAGUCAACUACUAUAUAGCACGGAAGCUGGUCAACUUCGCAGAAAGAAACCGGUCUGUCCUGGAACCUAAAGUGAACUUCGAGCAGGUGAUCCAAGCCAAGACAAUCCGCCAAUUCGACUCCUGCUGUACGGCUGUUGUGUUGGGUUUCAACAACGUUGACGAGUAUUACGAGGCAGCUUCCAUCAGGCGCAAGCUGGGCACCGUGCGGAGACCGCUUUUGUUCCUGAUGUCAACCGACGACAUAUUCGUGCUCGAUACAACGCCUAUAAGAGAGAUAGAGUCGUCAGUGUACCUGGGAGCAGUUUUGCUUCCUCGUGGUGGACAUAUAGGCUUCGUGGACGGGUUCCUAUGGCCCUGGCCCCCGUUUUAUGCGGAGCGCUUUGUGUACGAGUAUGUAAAAACUCUCGUCAAGUUCAGCAUGCAGCGCAGUUUGAAGAUGCUGCCGCAAGAGUUUGAAGGCCAAAAGGAUGCUGAGAAAACAUGAGAAACAGAAGCACGAAAAAUGUUAACGUACGUACAACAACAACAAGAAGAAAAACAAAUCAAAAAUAUCUACAAUGUCAAAAAUGUCGAAGGCUAUUUUACGGGAGAUUACAACCUGCGUGGAGGAAGAUAACCGUAGCUUUCCUGUGCGGCCAAGGUUACCAAUAUAAAUUAGAAUUUUGACUU